GAUAUAAUUGCAUUCUGUUUGUUGUUUUAGGAUAACAAUAAAUUGCAUAGAAUAAAAUCAAUUCUGAAAUAUAGCAGAAUUUUAUCUUCAUGUAAACCUAAUAUUGAGGGCUCUAUCUCAAUUUUUUUAGGUAAUUUUGCUUUUCUUUUCAGAGAAUAUGUUAUUUACUAAUGAGAUUGUGUCAGUUCAAAGAUUUCUGCCAAAAUUGAAGACAAAGGCAUUAAUACAGUAGUGAUUGACAGAAAGGUUUCUGAGGUUACAUUUAUUCCCUCCAUACUUCUGAAGCAGUGAUGAGGAAACGGGAAUCAAGGAGGAAAUGGGAGUCAAAGCUGAAGCAGAUUGAAGAGCGGGCAUCUGACUAUGAGAGGAAGCCACUGUCCUCAGAGUACAAACCAAGACUGGCCAAGCCAGAAGAACCAGCCUCCGUUUGGAAGUUAUUUCAUCGUCAGAAUCAAGCUUUUAAUUUUGUUAAAAGCUGCAAAGAGAAUGUUCACGUAUUUGCCUUGGAGUGCAAAAUGGGAAAUGGACAACGAAUUUACCUUGUGACAUCCUAUGCUCAAUUUUGGUUUUACUAUAAGACCCGAAAAACCCUCUUACACUGCUAUGAAGUUAUUCCUGAGAACUCUGUGUGCAAGCUUUAUUUUGAUUUGGAAUUUAACAAAUUGGCCAAUCCAGGAGCUGAUGGGAAGAAGAUGGUUGCAUUGCUCAUUCAGCAUGUUUGUAAAUCACUUGAAGAGUCUUACAAUGUUCGCUGCUCAGCUGAUGAUGUUUUCAACCUGGAUUCCAGCACUGAAGAAAAAUUUAGCCGACACCUAAUAUUUCAGCUCCAUAAUGCGGCAUUUAAAGAUAACAGUCAUGUUGGUAAUUUUGUGAAAAAAAUUUUGCAACCUGCUCUUCACUUAAUUGCCAAGGAUGAUGAAGAUAAGAUCCCAGAGGCAGUGGGCCAUGAAGCCUCCUGUUUUUCUGUUACACCAUUAAAACAAGAGAUUUCAGAGGCCUGGCAGAACCUGGGGUUGCCUGAACAAUGUGACCCUGAUCUUUCAUUUUUAGUUGUGAAAAAUCACAUGGGAGAAAAAUGUCUUUUUGUUGAUCUAGGAGUGUAUACAAAAAACAGAAACUUUCGACUGUAUCAGUCAUCAAAAAUAGGAAAGUGUGUAUCUUUGGAGGUUGCUGAAGAUAACAGAUUUAUUCCAAAACAGUCAAAAGUUAUUUCUGAGGAAAACCAGUAUUUCCUAUCUUCCCUGGUGAGCAACGUCAGAUUCUCAGACUCUUUGCGGAUCCUCACAUGUGACCCAUCUCAGACUAAAAGAAAGCGGACUGAGUAUUUUAACAGUACUGGCACUUCAGUGGAACCCAUUGAAGGCUUCCAGGCCUCACCGUACCCUGAGAUUGAUCGGUUUGUUCUUUCUUUGGUGAAUAAACACGACAUUAAAGGAGGAAUUCGGCGUUGGAACUACUUUUUCCCAGAAGAAUUACUCGUUUAUGAUAUAUGUAAAUAUCGCUGGUGUGAAAACAUUGGAAGAGCCCACAAGAGUAAUAAUAUCAUGAUUCUGGUUGAUCUGAAAAAUGAAGUUUGGUAUCAGAAAUGCCAUGACCCUGUAUGUAAAGCACAAAACUUCAAAUCUACCUGUUUCCCGUUACCCACUGAAGUCAGUCUCCUAUUUCUUCUGGCAGAUGAGGAUUUUACUUCUGAAGAAACAGAUGAAACCAGCAACUCACUGACCAAGGAUUCUCAAAACCCACCAUCCUGCAACUUGUCAGCAGGCGGGCUUUUGGCUGCUGACUGGAACGACGAAGAUGAUGCCUGUUUCUUAGAAGCUACAGAAGAUGCUGAACUAGCUGAUGCUGCAGAUAAGAGUCUUCUGGACGAUAUUCCUGAUGAACUAAUUAUAGAAGCAUUACAGAACAGCUGACUGCGGAUAGAACAUACCCUCUCAAGACACUCCUGGCAUUUCAGUGAAACAGUUUCUACAGCAUGAACACAGCUAGACAAAAGGUGCUUGGUCUUUACAACACAUCACAGUGAGCUGAGUACGGAUAGAAGCUGUAGUAAAGCAGACUGCAGCUGUUCAACUCAGAGUCGUGCACAGUACACCCUGCCCUGGGGGACUGAGGAGUAACAGGCUCUUCUCUUCAUUAAGAAGCUAGAAGGUGAUGCUGUGGUCUGAUUGACUUACAACAAUGCUGUUUGUUACCUUUCUUCACAACUACUGGACUCUACAAGCAAAAUGCCUGUACCAUCUUCUGAUGCACAGUGAACAGAACUCACCUUUUCCUUUUCCUUUGGUUCUUUCUCUUCAAUGUUUGAAUAAUCUUGAUACAGCUGUUUUAAAUUAGAUAAGAAAUGUUUGGAAUUCUUAAGUGAUGACUUUCUCUCCUUAAGGUCAUCAUAUUUUGUUUGUAGUUGUUUCAGUUGUGGUUCUAAUCUAGAAAACAGAUUUUUUUUUUUAAAUCUCAAAAACAAAUUGUACAAAAUACAAAUUAAUAGAAAUAUUGUUUGUGGACUGAAAAUAUUAAGGUGCCCCUAUUACAAAGAACAAAAACCCAAACCAAACUUUGUAAAUAAUGGAAUAAACAACUAAUUUGUCUUUCUCAAAA